AAUCCUUCCCACCACCUUUCCCCCCCAUCCCAUACCCUCCUUCCUCUCGCCCGACUUCUUCCAUCACAACUUUUUUUCUCAAACAUUGUCUCUCCCCCUUGUUUAGUCGAUAGCUAUGGGCACUUUGGUGGGCCAUGUGGCCCCUGGAUUUGGGUUCCUGCUAAUUGGGCUAUGGCACCUCUUCAACCACAUCAAACUCCACUCCCUCCACCCCAAAUCCUAUGUAGCACCCCCAUGGUUCCCCACCCCAUUCUUCCGAUACCUGGAGCCCAUCUUGAUCAUUUUAGGCAGCCUCGCCUCCAUCGCCAUGGAGCUCGUCAUCGGGCCGGAGGCCCACCAGCCGUUCGACACCGACGGAACCAUCCCUUCCAACCAUCUCCACAACUUCGAGCACGCCUCCAUCUCCCUCACCUUCCUCAUCUACGCCGCCUUCGCCAUCGCCUUGGACCGCGCCAAGCUGCGGCAGCGCGACGGCAUGACGCUCCUGCUGGGCGCCGUGGCGUUCGGCCAGCAGUUGCUCAUGUUCCACCUGCACUCCGCGGACCACAUGGGCGUGGAGGGCCAGUACCAUUGGCUCCUCCAGACGGUGAUCGUGGUGUCCCUGGCGACCACCUUGAUCGGGAUCAGGCUGCCGAGGAGCUUCCUGGUGAGCUUCGUGAGGUCGGCCAGCAUCGCGUUCCAAGGUGUUUGGUUUAUGGUCAUGGGCUUCAUGCUGUGGACUCCCAGCUUGAUUCCCAAGGGUUGCUUCAUGAACUUAGAGGAGGGACACAGGGUGGUGAGGUGCCAUAGCGAGGAGGCCCUGCACCGGGCCAGGUCGCUGGUUAACAUCGAGUUCAGCUGGUACAUGGCGGCCAUGGCGGUGUUCGCCAUGUUGGUAUAUAUGUUCUUGAGCAAGAGAUAUCCGGAGGCGCCAGAGUACCUGCCGUUGGUGAAGGAGGAGGGUGUGCAAGAGGAUGAUGAGGACCUGGAGUCACAGAAGAAGUUUGGGGAGUCUGAUAGCUUCGUUCAGAUAGGAAAGGGGAUGAGGAACUUGGAACUCGAGAGGUAACUGCAAGGAAGGGCCCCUUGGAUUAGGUUCCGUUUUCUUAACCAUCCUGUAUUCUUCUCUCAUCUAUUUGUUUAUAUAUAUUUAUAUUGCAAGUGUUAAAUGAGAUGGAAAGGUGUAGCUAGUGAAAGUUUAGGGGAUUCUUUGGUUUGGAGCUUUCUGUUGUUGAGAUUAAUCUGAAGUGGGGUUUGUGUUUGGUCCUCCUCUUUCUGAAAGAGACAGAUGGGAAGGUGGACUUCUUUUUUCCUUUUUUUUUAUAAAUAUAUAUUUGUGUGUGUUGUUAGUUGUGA